AUAGGUCAGAGGCUGAGCGGCCAAUCGCAGCGCCCCCAGAAUCACAUGGCUUUGUUGUCGAGCGCGUAGCGGCAGCCGAGCCGGUCCGAAGUGUGGAGAAGGACGAGAUCGGCCAGCUGUGCUCAAGAUAGAGAGCGUUUGUUCCCUCGGCGCACCGGUGCGGACGUCUCGGUGUUUGCCGGCUGUGUGUUUUUUCUCGGGCUAGUAGCAUGUCAGUGCGCCGGCUCCGGCGCGAGCAGGCGGUGAAAUCGUGAGUGUGCGCGCGUGAAACUUGGAGGAUAGCGAGAAGAGCUACGCGUGCGGCAACGACGAAGCGACGACAUGUCGACGGGCAAGCGGCUGGCGAAGCGCUCGAUCCUGGGUACGCGUGUGUGCGCCCCCACGGCAGACGGUCUUCACAUGCCGGGUGUUAUUCAGGCGACCAAAACUGACGCUGAAGACGAGAACGUCUACACUGUCACGUUCCCCGACAAGACGACGGGCGAGUACCGUGGCGACGAGCUCAUCGGUCCGGGCUUCCAGACCAUUGCGGGACUGACUCUCAAGAGCGGACAGCGCGUGUACGUGACGUUUAACGGCCGCGAGGUCUCCGGAGCCGUGCUGGAGCACGACGCCGUGCGCGACGACGUACUCAUCAGUAUCCAGCCUUCGCAGCACAACCACCACAUCACGCAUACGGUGCAGCUCCACAAGCGCCUGGAAGAGGUGCGACUCCUAGAGAGCCGCAAGUCGGCUCGCCUGCAGGACUUGGACACGGACUAUUCGCGUCUUGCCGAAGGUCAGAGCGAGCUCCGGCGGCGAGCUUCUUCACUCAGCAUCGACGUUCCGCCUUCUAUAAACGGACGCAAGAGGCGGCCCAGCGCCAGCGAGGACGCGGACACCAUGGACGACUGCAUGGCCGCCAUGGUACUCAUGCGACUCUCAUGCAGCCCCAAGUCACCACGGGUGCCCUCCGACGCUCCUGGCACACCAUCAUGGACAAGCUCAAGUUCGGGUGCCUCGAGCUGGGCAAGUGGCCGCUCACCUCCACGGACUGGAACCCCGUCUCCUCCGGCAGGCCUGGCAGCCGAUGCACGCACCUUCUGGCGCAUGUCACCCACUCAGGAUGAGGGUGUUGACUUUGCUGAGAACUUUGGCUCCUCUGUUGAGUCUGGAUGUGCAAAGAGAAAGCGGGUGCUGUACAAGUGCAUGUGGAAGGAGUGCGGUGAACGGUUCUCCACCUGCAAGGAUGUUGAAAGGCACGUUCGUGUAAAGCACCUUGGGCGUGGUGAUGAGAGUGAGGAUUCCGCAUCAAGUGAUCAUGAGGAAGAGUUCUAUUAUACGGAAAGUGAGGAGGACGACGAUAUAGAGAGUGACUCCGGCAGCACCCUUCUCGGAGAGCAUGGCGAAUGCACGCACAACGUCUACACUUCGGCACCCACCCUCAGCCACCUUGACAUGGCAAGGCCACCACACGAGGACCCACAGUACCAGAUGCUUGCAAGGAGUGCCGUUCCUGCAUCCCCGCCCAACCCGUCAUCAGCAUCACCUAUCAACAUUCCCACAGUGCAGCGGUCUUUCUCAUGGCAGCCACACGCCAGUGCACCAACAGCUAUGGUCUCGCCACAAAAAUUCAUGCGCCUGAGCCCCAAGACCCUGUCAGUCUCACCAAAAAGCUCGCCACUUCACCGGAGGGUUCGUUCGGAAAGCCGCAAGUGCCGCAAGGUCCACGGCAUGGAGAACAAGGACAUGUGGUGCACUCAGUGCAAGUGGAAAAAGGCCUGCAGCCGCUACGUCGAUUGAGCCCUCUCACUCCUCUCUUCCUUUCUUAUGUUUUUACCACUACUCACAAGUUGUGUGCAACCGCCGUCAUAAUCAUGGUGCGUCCAAAUUUGUUCAUCUCCUCACAGUUUGUGUUGUUGCAUUAAGUUGUGCUGCAGGCUGCUUAUUGGCACGCUCUACCGUGACGUAAGAUUACAAGGAGAGGGCCCGGUUUGAUUUAGCAUGGAUAAACUUUACGUGCUAGCAUGGAGACAUGUCUGUCCAAAGAGAGUGAUUUAGCAUGUCUUGCGUGAUUUAGCAUGUCUUGCUUGAAAGGUCAUCGUGAAUGUUAAACGCUCUGUGCAUCCUUAACCAGUGACAAACCUUGUAGUCACCUUGACUGUUUCCAGUCAUGCUGUCAUUGCGAGAAUUUUUUUUAAUAGCAAAAAUGUACAAUUGGACAGAAGCAAGAUGAAAUUAGUUCAAGCAGUACAGUCAGUUAAUUGCAAACAGUGUAAAAUGGGCAUAUAGGAUGUUAUGGUUAUGAGGUCUUACAAUACUGAGUUUAUAUGAAAGCCGAUAUUUGAUAAAAGCACGGUUGCUGAAUAUGGAUAAUGACACAUUCCUCCUUUCAGCUUAUGACAUCAGGAGGAAAGCUUGCUAUAUAUAGUGUGGUGGUGGCAAAUUCUGCUUUUGCCAAUUUAUUUGUACAAAAUGCGUGGCCUGCAGUACUGUACAUAGCGUUUUCUUGGCAUGUUUACUAUGUGGCCAUCAUCAACACAUUUCUCUAUUUUAACAUUAUUCCCCCAACGACCACUGUUUCAUCACAAAAAAACAUUCAGAGAUGCCACCAGCCAAUUUUUUUGUGGCUGCUAUCUCAUGCUUGCUCUAAGAGCUGGUCCACAAAUGCCUAUAUCGCCAGCAGUGGACAGUUGGUCACUAAUCGCAGUUGGUCCAGUGUUGCUAGUGAUGCUCACAGAGCACUUCAAACGAGCUCUGUUACAUUUAUCUUCUUUGAAGUUGUAACACAGGCAAGCUGAGAAACAUCCUAGCACUGCUGAUUGAGCUGAGUUGAAGCUGCAUUUGUCAAAUUCAAGUGUAUUUGUACUGCAGCUAACGAUGGCCUGCAUGUCCCGGGCAAUAUUGAUGCGGAUGGGUCGAAAUUUGUUUUGCCGACAUUGUUUGUUGAGACGAGAUGUGUUUGUUGCAGGGGUGCUGCUUUGAGCUCACACACUUUCUCUUGCUUGCAAUUUGUCUCACUUGUGCCUUGCAGUAUAAAGUGUCUGGAAGCAGGAGGUGCCCACAAGUGUAUGGUCACGCAAAGAGCAGGCACUCGUGAAGCAAAUGAAAACAAAAGCCAGAUUCAACAUUAAUCACUCGAUUACUCGUGGCAGGCUCUUGCAAGUCAUUAGAGACAUCCAGCAUAGCAAAGACAUACUCGCACUGAUGCAUACCACAAUAGCAUAGGACACAUUCGGCAAUAGCAGCAUCGAUGACAUUAUCCUGUAACACUGUAACAACACUCUGAACACUAGAAACAUUCUUCCAUUGUAUAGCUCUUUAAAAAAGGUAACGCACAAAAAAAAAUGUGAUGACAUUAGCAAUACAAGCAAAAGCAGGGUGAUAUGUUGGUGUGAUGCAGCAUGUGAGGAAACUACUGCUGAGCAGCUGAAACAGUGCUCUGGCAGCUAUCAAGCACCUCACUAUGCUGACACAAUGUGGAGCACUGUUGGUGGCACUGCAGGCAUGUGGCCCCUUGCUGGUGCACGAGAUGAGAUCGAAGAAAAGCUGUCGGUAUACGCGACUUGAAGUUUGCUGUUCGUUCUGCUCAGACAACUGUAUGCACACAGCUGUACAGCAUAAACACUCAUUUUUAUGUGCGUGGCAUUCGUGCCACACACAGGCCGUGCAUGCAUUGGCAAUACCUCAGCAGCUUUCACAAAAAGAACAAAGUGUCAUGAGGAAAUGCCACCACUGCUGCUUCUUGUGUCUGUGUAUUGAACUACUCUAUGUAUUUUUACGUAUGCUAGUGCAUGUCUCUGCUAUGGUAAAGGUGUCUCUUGGACGAUAAAUUUAAGCCGAACUGUCAAUAUGUUUUACUUGAUAGAUUAGACUAGAAGCCAAGGUUUAUGUCAGGCUAACUACCGGAAUCUUAUGUUAGUGCAAUUUGGCACACACUUGUGAAAUGCUAGGUCUUGAAUGUCUUGCAAUAGCCUGCACUGUGCUCAAGACUUGUGUGUGCUGCAUCGGCAUGCACCAAGAAAAUGCACAUUCGCGUGCCACUUAGUUUACAAACAUGAUCAUCUUGUGCCACAAGAAACAAGUUUUUAAUUAUUUCUCCAUACCACUCAGAAUCCUCAUUUUGCUGCAGAGGCUGAAACAAAAGCAUGCCAGCUGCCUCGUGGGGCAAAUCAGAAGCUAAGGUGAAAUGCAGCCAACUCAAUAGAGCAGGUGAAAGCAACUCAAGCGUGCCAAUAGCGUCUGAUCAGAGGUACUGCGAAAGCCUUGAGCACAUUUGCUGUCAAGAGGAGCUGGCAAGGCAUUGUUGUAUGGCCUGGACAAGGCUAGCACCAGGCACAACCUAAUUAAGAGAUCAUCCAGAGGUGUUCAAAUUUCAAUUCAUUCUUACGUAAAAACCACGUGGUGGAAACUUCACAUGUUUUCCUUGUUUCGUUGCCAUGUUCGUCUUGCAGCACAUGAUAACUGCUCUGUCAUCACUGCUGUAAUGCCUAGCACAGAAUAUCAGUCAUAUUUUGGUGGCAACCGCAUUUAAUACAUUCCAACCGGAAUUACAUUGGGGUCAUUACACAUAUUGAAAUAGCCACAUUGAAAUGAGGAAAUAUUGACGCUCUAAAUAUGGCAAUGUGGUAAUUCUAAAUGGGCGCAAUGUGUUAUUAUGUGGAACAGAUCGACUUCUUUGGUUGCCCAUCACCAGCUUUUCAACUUGCAACAUGCAUACAACGAAUCUGUUUGUUGGCACACUAGUCUCACAUUAUACAUUGCUUGGUACUCUCGCUAGGCCCUGUCCAGGUCAUCUUGAGCUGAUGCAGUGUUGCCAUGUGUAGUAGAGCUGUAGCAACUUGGCGGGGUCACUGGGACUGAAGUGUGCCUUGCCUAGUAGCCAAACAGCCAACAGCAAUCGUAACCCCAGAAGAACAGCUGUGGGUUGACAAAACACUUGGAAUCUCGGGUACGCGCCACUCCCGCAGUAGAGUGUGCAACACCCUGCCUCACAGUCCAUCAGAAUGCCAUCCGACAUGUCUCUUGAUAUAUUGCCCAAGUGCUCCAUUGUAUCAGAAUUUGCCCUAUGAGUGUACAUAGAGGGGUUUGCUAUCAUUCAUCUUGAAAAAAUAAACAAAACUGUUGCCAUCAAUAAAUGAAUUUCCAGCACGUGGGCCAUAAUACAUCUACGUAGAAAGCUAUAUGUGUAAGAAUGUCUCUGUGUUGACCUUGGAAGCUGCGACUUCCUAUUCACUGCGCAGUCCACCCGCCAUGGUGGUCUAGUGGUUAUGGUGCUUGACUGCUGACCCGAAGGUCGCGGGAUUGAAUCCCGGCCGCGGCGGUCACCUUUUCCAUGGAGGCAAAAAUACUUUAGGCCCAUGUACUAGGAUUUAAGUGCACGUUGAACAACGCCAGGUGGUCGAAAUUUCUGGAGCCCUCCACUACAGCGUCCCUCAUAAUCGUAUCAUGGUUUUGGGAUGUUAAACCCCAACAAUUACUAUUAUUAUCACGGCACAGUCAUCCAAGAUAAUAAUUGAAAACAACCUACUUCAUUUCAUUUCAAGUUACUUCAUUUUGUACAACCAGUGAACACUACAGAACUUCUUACAGGCCUUGAGACGUUGAGCAGCAAUGCAGCCAAUAAGUGAAAUACUUCAUUUUCUUUUAACAGAGCGCAGUCAAAAACUAAAGUAAGACAGCCACAUCAAAUGAAAACGCACAGUUCUCGAUUUGCCAUUGCAGUCCGGCCUACUGCUGUCAAAGUCUUUGUUGUGAGGGUAGAUUGCUGUGGCAAAUAGAUUACACAGCAGCAUGCAAGCUGUGCAGGUUUACAAAUGCCAGUUCAUAGGCCUCCUGUGCCUGUCUUGAAGUAGGAUUAAGCACAGUAUGAUUUUUACUAGAUCACUGGUAAUGUUCAAAUGUCACUGCACAGUGUACCGGUUUUCAUCCUUCUGACAAAAUUUUCAUGGCACAACAUAACUGGUGGCUUUGUGGUAAUGAGGCAACAUUAAUUGUUUGAAUAUGUGACAAGAACACGAGUCCAAACAAUUGCAUCUGCUUUCACAUGACAUGGCCACUGACAAAACAUUUUUGCAAAUUGCUUUGGUCAGCUUGUUACCCAUUGUGACAGUGCCCUCGCUGAAAUGUCCACAUUAUACAUUACAAAACAGGUAAAACAUAGCACUGCAGUACGUUGUCAUGUUUUAAAAAGUUUUCAUGUCAAAACAGCUUGCUUGGUUUGACAGCUUGCUUGGAGCACAUAAAAGUCUGUGGAAGAGUGGUCACUCUGGACAUUACGGGUGGCAUUCCAAUGCACUGUGACUGCAUGCCGAAUGGUCUCACAGAAGGUGUCAUAGUGUGUGUCUGUGCUGUCCUGUGCCUCAGUGUGUACACAUACAAGAGAACUGCUAUUGAAAUAGAUGAAGAUAACCGGUGCCAGAUUUGUAGGGUUAGUUCACCAGUAAGCUGAACAGUUGUGUGGAGCUGAUUAAUCAAUUGCUGUCUUGAUAUGAUCAUGCGGCAAUGUCUGAUGCAUGCAGCAGGUGUGGAACUAGUAUUGACCAUUGGUCGUGGAUGUUAUCCUGUUAUUUUGAACAGGUCUCGAUGCUCCGGAAGGAGGGAGCUGUUGACUGACACAAGGUGCACAGUUCUUUACUGUGCCAAAAACAGUCGUAUGCAAGCAAAGGUUUCAUUACAGUGCAGAAUUGGGGCACCUAUGCAUCACAUUUUUUACCAAUUACUCUUAGCAGCAUUUUCGCUUUGCUUAACCUUUCAGGAUCCCGGGGCCGAGCUGCGCCCUUCCGCGCAUCUUGUGUCAACACUGCCGAGAAGAAAAACUACCUGUUGAGGCUGUAUCUCAGAUGUCUUAAUCUUCUAGGCACAGCAAUUUGUGAAGAAUUCGGUACGCCAAAAUUUAGUUCGCAAACUAGGCAUCAGCAAUAUUUAUGUUGAGUCUUUUGUCACAUACAUAGAAUGUACUGCAAAUCUUUAACAUGAUGCAUCGUUUUUGCAUCAGCUCGUACCUUUGUGCAGUCAGCAGUUGCCACACUCCGUUGCGACCCACUCUGAAACUCUUUGCAUGACUUAGAAGCAUGCAAUAUGACGUCUUUGCAAUACCUUCAUGACUUUUGUCAUACAAACUGUUUGUUGAUAGCAAGCUUGCAGGAUAGUUUUUUUUUUCACACUAAAAACUGGAGGGCUGAGUCAGAAUUCUUGCUUCUCAAUGAUCUGUGCACAGAUUUGUUCUUGUUGGUCUUGACAGAAUAAGCUGUUCUAGAGUGGAAACUGUUGUAGUGGUCUGUUCAUAUGGCCAGCCGUGGUGCGUCAGACAAAUGUUGCAUGACAACUUGCGAUAAUUAUGUGUUGGUUGCCAUGAUAGGAGCAUAAAACAGGUCAAAAGCAGCUUCUACCCUCAGUGGAGCAAAAGACAUGGUGCCUUGAAAAGGUUACAGAAAAAAAAAAAGAUUUGUUAAGGGAAUGGCACUGUGCUACAUUUCUGUAUAUAGCUGCAAUAUUGAUGUUGUUGAAGUGCAUAUUUUAUGACAAAGUGUACACAUAAAUGUUCUGUCAUAACAGCAGGCAGUCACAGAUGUUUCUUUUUAUAUAUAUACAUAUAAAUGUUUGCUGGAUGUCCGAAGAGCAAAAAGAAAAAGCAUCUUUUUGUAUCUUGAAUAAGAUAUAUAUCUAUAUACAAACUAAUGUUCAUAAUGUACAUAGUACCGUUCUGCGUAGUGUUUGACGAGUCUGUGAAGAGUAAAUAAAGUAAAAGAAGAAAAGCUGCUUGUAAAUUAUGUAAAAAAGAUCAAACAUAAAUUAUUCACGACAAAAAACGAAACCCAACCAAACAUACAGGAAAGCCCAGUGGUACUUUGAGUAAAAUCCAGUCAGAGAAAUGUGUACUUAUGAGCUGUACAUAACUAUGUUUUACUCGAGCCAAUGUCCUGCCUUGUACAUAUACUUUUAGAGAAUAUAUAUGCAGCUGCGUAGAGGAACAUGGUUGGCACAGCAAUUCCGAUCUCCAGGAGUCAGGCCUGCUAAUAGAGAUGGCUAUGAUACUGAUGCAUGUCAAAUAUGCAAUUUUUCCGAGUUUUCAGUGCUCAAGAGAUGAAUAAGUUUUCCAAGUAGCAGUCCCAGUUUUCUGUGACUCCUAAUCAUUUUAAUUCUUGCCGAGUGCCUGCAUUCAAUCCUUUGCGAGAAGACAUUGUGACGAUAGAAAGUCCAUGCGACCAUUAUUGCAGGGUGGGGCAUGGUGACAAGGAUUGUAUUACCAUUUACGUUAAUAUAUUUGCUAACUUGAGCAUUUCAGAAAUGGUUGCCCACUAUUAAAUGAAAUAAAAACGCGAUAAUUUGUGCUGGAAUCGCAACUUAUACAACUAUGCACUCAUCCCAAGAAUGCUACCUGUGCUGUCGGCAGCCCACUUCUCAGCUCGACUGGUGCAGUGUUUUUGAUGGUGCAAAUCAGAGUGUUUUGGAUGGAGUGUUUUUGGUUCAGUUUUAGCUCCACUUAGCCUCGGGACAUCAGCCAUUAAUGAUUGCUCACUCUGCCCACAGCUGAUAAAGUUAGCCUAAUGAUUUCGUGUUUUUAAUGAGUUUAUAUCCAAAAAUGCAUUGGCGAGUAUGAUCAGCCCGACUGCAAAAUUAUGGAGAUGCCAGGGCACGCUGGCUCUGUGGGGCCACAUUGAUAGCAAAGUGAGCGUUCUUGUAUUGCUUGGUCAAGACUGCACCUUUCGCGACUACUUUCCUUAGAGUACUGCAUCCACCUGGCUAAUGCUGCUGCAAACGCAGUCACAUAAUGGAGUAGCCGUUUGGAGCUUGGCCUCCGAGAUCCUUGAUGCAUGAUUCACUGCCACUGUCAACUGCACAGUGAUGUAUACUUCAAAAUUUGCUGCGCUGGCGUGAAAAGCACCGAGUUCACACACAGUAUGGCAAUUAAGUGACUGACGCAGCUAAUCCAGAAGCAUUUUGCCUUUUUUUUAUUUUACAAGCCUUCUGCUUUGUGAGCACUUAGCUCUUGCUCAGCAACACCAGGACUUAGCAGCCAGGAGAGGCAAAUGACUGAACACAGACAGAACAAAAUGCUCAGCCAAAACACUCUAUUGAUGACCGUUGUUGGAAACUGACAGCUUCUACGAGUGGGCAUAGAAAGCUUAUCGUGCCAUUCUGGAAUUGUAAAACUAAAGUCAAGGGAUACAGCGACACAAGAAAAGAAAUCUGCGGAGAAAAGAAAAGUUGAUAGAUGAACAUUUCACGCACAAAAGAACACUCUCAGUAUAUGUAUGUCAAUGCAGGUGCUUCGCCGAGCACCGAGAUUCUUUUGCAAGUCUCAUAAAUCAUUUAAAAGGCAGUUUCCCCGUCACACCAUCAUUUGAAAAGUGACAAGUAGCGGUAACAUAUUAUGCGUAACCAACGCAUCAUUUUCAACCUUAAACCAUGAGGAAAAUCAAAGCAAGAAUUUAAUGGCUCUGCUCAUCGAAGCUCUCUAGGAAUUUUGGUGCAGGCAGCAAGCGCAAUAUGCAGUUUAGGCUGCUACCAGCAACGUUAUAGAGUAAUAGAGAGCUUUGAGGGGUUCUUUCUGACUGGCCCUUGACUUCAAUGCACGACACGCAUUGCUGUUCGAGAUAUGAGCCCGAGCUCAAAGGUAUGGGAAUGGAAAAGUCCUGAUGCAAUGUGUUCUCCCAGCGUGCCACAUUAUAUGGCCGCCCUCCCCACCUACAUGUUUUGAGUCUAUAAAUUAACGAUGCUAUUUUGUUGUUAUUAUCCACAAUUCUGUGUUGCACUCCCUGCUAAACUUGCCUGCUUGCUUCAUCUUGCACUAUAUCAAGAAACCGUGAAUGUGUAGUUGCAAUACAUUGUCUAGUACCGGAGAUGUUUCUAGUAUCUUUGUGCACAGAGUGUCAUUACAUACUCCUUGCAUGUCGUUGACCCAAUGCUAUGUGCAAGAAACUGUACAUACAAAAAACAUUAUCACCUGUUUCUCCCAUCUCCUUGUUUUGACUGUAUCUUGAAAUGAAAAAAAGUAUGUGUUUCAACCUAAAUAUUUUUUCCUCUUGAAGUUUAAAUAAAUGUCUUCUUAAAUAUACUGACAA